GUCUUUCAGCGGGUGUUUGCGAGAGUGCACAGGCAGGAGUGUAAAGUCCACUUGGAUUAUCUGAAGCUCGAGGAAACAUACAUAUCCUUUUCUGCGCACGAAUACAGGUUCCUUCAGCGUGGCGAACAAGAGGCUGCCCGCUUUCCUCCGAGUGCGUCGGUGUGCUGUUUUGUGCAUGCGUAUUUGUGUGCAGGGGUGUGUGUGAGUCACAGGGUGAAUAUGCCAGUGUGAAUGCCUGUAUAUACAUAUACAUCCUGAUCGGAGAGUGUUUGCCCGUGAGGUGCUCGGCGGAGAUGCAGCGAGGUGUGUCCUCUGUGGUGCAGCUGCUGCUGUUGCUGGGCUGCUUGUGUGCCGUGGCAACCGGCUACCUGUUCAGGACACCCCUGGACCUGGAUGUGACUCCACGUGUCACUGUGCUAAACAGCGGUCUCCAAGGCUGCAGGCAUUUCCAGUCGUCUGCAGUCAACUACAGAACCAUGUUGCUGGAGGCUGACAGUGAGCGUCUGUACGUCGGGGCCCGUGGGGCCGUAUUCGCUCUCAAUGCCUCUGACAUCUCAGCCAGCUCUGCUCUCACUAUUGACUGGGAGGCCUCCCUGGAGCAAAAACGUCAGUGCCGGCUCAAGGGAAAAGACAAUAAGACCGAGUGUUUUAAUCACAUCCGCCUUCUCCAGAGGUUCAACUCAACUCAUCUCUACAUGUGUGGUACUAAUGCCUACAGACCCCUCUGUGCAUACAUAGACGUGGAGAGAUUUGUGAUUUCAUCUCAGCCUGAAGAAGGCAGAGACAAAUGCCCCUACGGCCCCACAACAGGCUACACUGCCCUCAUUAUAGACCAGCAGAUAUAUACAGCUUCCCAGUAUGAGUUUAGGAGCUUUCCAGAUAUCCGCCGAAACUCUCCGUCUCCCACGCUGAAGACAGAAGAUGCUCCCACACGCUGGCUGAAUGAGGCAGACUUUGUGGGUUCGGUCCUCGUGAGGGAGAGUGUGGGCAGCAGUACUGGCGAUGACGACAAGAUCUAUUUCUUCUUCACUGAAUUAAGCCAGCAACAGACACCAACCUACAGCCACAGCCGGGUGGCACGAGUUGCUCGGGUUUGUAAGGAAGACCGCGGAGGCCAUUUAACUCUCCAGAAACGGUGGACGUCCUUCCUCAAGACUCGGUUGACUUGUUCUCUUCCCGAGUAUGAUUUCCACUUCAACAUGCUGCGCAGCGUGUUCGCUCUGCCUGGCCAAACGCCGCAGGACAUGCUUUUCUACGGCAUCUUUGGCCUGGAGUGGAAAAACGUGAAGGCGUCUGCAGUGUGUCGGUUCACUCUGUCUGAAGUCCAAGAAGCCUUUCAAGGACCUUACAUGGAGAACCAGGACUCUGGUUCUAAGUGGAAGGAAUACACUGGAAAGAUCCCUGACCCGCGACCUGGAACGUGUAUAACUGAUGCUCUGAGGGCCAGGAACAUGAACUUCUCCACUUCCCUGCCUGAUGAUGUUCUGAAUUUUGUCAGGAGGCAUCCUCUGAUGUCCAAGCAGGUUGAGCCUAAGGACCGACGCCCCCUUUUGUUUAGGAGGACCACAGACUACACACACAUGGGUGUACACACGGCCCAGGGAUUAGAUGGAAGAACUUACCAUGUAUUGUACAUGGGCACAGAUGAAGGCUGGUUACACAAAGCCGUAGACAUCAAAGGUCAGCUGCACAUUAUUGAGGAGCUUCAGCUGUUUGAAGAGCCACAGCCUGUUAACAAUCUACUGAUAUCUGACAAACAGUGGAGUGUGUACGUGGGCUCUCCAUCAGGCGUGGUUCAGCUGCCACUCUCUAGCUGUGGUAGAUACACUUCCUGCUAUGAUUGCAUCUUUGCCAGGGACCCGCACUGUGCCUGGAACAGAGCAGAGUGCGUGGACGUCAUGAUGCAAGCAGACAGAUCCACAUUAAUCCAGGAUAUCCAGCAUGGCACCAAGGGAUGUGAGAACACACAAGGCGAUGUUGUUCACCGGAACCGCUCAGUGCGGGUGAGUGAUGACGUGCUGCUGCAGUGCGAGCUCAGCUCCAAUCUGGCGACGCCCCUCUGGAUGCUGGACGGCAGACAGGUGCAGGGGUACGACCUCAACUCUGGUUUUAGAACCGGCACAGAUGGCCUGCUGAUCAUCGAUGCCCGGCAGGACCAGAGCGGCUUGUACACCUGCUACGGCGUUGAAAACGGUGUAAAGGUUGCUAUAGUUACCUACAAUGUCACCAUCCGGUUGGACCUGCACCCUCCACCGCCUGUUGAUCCAACUCAUGGCUUUACCACCGUCAGAGGCCCCAGUGAGCAUCCCCCGACAGAGAGGGGCAAGCCACCAUUGCUGAGCCCUCUUCUCCCACACUCAGAUCUGCUUUCCCCCAGGAACAUGAAAGCCAUCUACCUCUCCCUCAUCACUAUCCUCGGAGGCCUGUGCGUGGUUCUCACAGUGGUUCUUAUCUACGUGGGCUUCUGUUUGCGAGUAGGCCAAAGAGGAAAGUACUCAAUACGGGCUGCGGCUGCGGCCCACCAGAGUGGUAAGAAGCAUCACAGGAACAGGAAACAGCACAGAAACUCCACCACCAUGGAGCUGAAGACCAUCUCGAGUCACUGUAAUGGCAACGGCAUUUGUAACGGAGGUUCAAAUAUGCAUAACGGCAACAUCCAGGACGGAGGCUUACUACAGAUUGUCCCUGGCGAGGGUCACACUUCACCCAGUAAUGAACCUCCUCCCCCAGCACCGCCUCUCCCUCCCACACCUCAACUUACUUCGCCAGGGUGUGACUUUUCCAACGGGCUGUCGGCAACGCUGCCUAGUGUCCUGAGGAGGAUACAUGGGAACAGCUAUGUGCUCCUGAGACAGAGCGACUCUGAAAAUAUGUCACCACCUGGUUAUUCCUUUGCUGAGGAGCUCAACAAGAUCUUAGAGAAGAGGAAACACACUCAGCUGCUGCCCAGGCCGGAUGAGAGCUCUGUGUAGACAGAUGUAGCUUCCCUUAUAGUGGGCGUACUGCUAAGUGUUCUUAGCUGGUGCCUGUCACGUGACUCAUUAUUGUUGUGGUCUAAAGCAGUGAAAGGGUCAGAAAUGAGACAUUCCUAUUUUUGAACUGCUUGUCAAACUGAAUUCCCCAAUUUCCCAUUGCGCGACAAAUGAGAAGAUAAAUUCCAGUGAAGGGGCCGAGCAUGAAACAACAAAAAGGAGCAAUCUACCUCACCUCAAAACUGCCCAUAAGAACAAGUGCAGUCAGUCCCCAGUCUGAUCUGAGUGUCAUGUCUGAGCCCUCUGAUCCACAGAGCACAAAGCGGGAUGCACAGGCUCCAACAAGUCAAAUUGAGCCACACUGGAAUAUGAAUAAAUGUGAAGAGUCGAUUCAGACCGGAGGGCAGCUAGCCAGAGUUAGUUUGUGCACAGAUGGCCUAUGCAUUUUUAAAAACAUGAAGGGAGAGAGGGGAGGGAAUGUGGUGUGCAAUGUUUUUGCUUUUAACUAAUUGCAAUAACCAACACGAAAUAUUUUACAGUAAUAUAGGACUGGAUGGCACAUAACAUUUACACCAGCCAUCAAUUGGUGAACUAAUCAUUAUUUAAUAUUAACCCUGCUUAACUAAGUAUUUCUUUAUUUACUGAUUUAUAUAAUUACUAAACACGUAAUGCACCACUUUUAGUAGAUAAUUAUCGUAUUAAAUAUUUAUAUGUAUUGUUUAAAUUGCAGAAAAAUUCAUUUGUGUUAAUUUGUUGAUAAUCCAGGUGAUGCUGUUAAUGCAUCAUAAAUGGUUAAAACAUGAAGCAGUGUGUUAGCCUUUAAUACUCCAGUUUAAUUAAUAUCUACUGAUUCCUACAAGUAGCCAUUAGAGUCCACAUUACAUGCAAAAUUCAUGAGGGAUUAAACUUAUUAAACCCUUAGAUGAAAAUGUAUUAAAUAGUGAUUAUUUCACCAAGUACUGAUGGACAUCCCGGGAUAAUAUGUGACAGUAUUAUAAUUAUUUUAGUGCACUUUAAAUGCCAGUAAUUUUAAAGUCAUUGUUAUUAACUCUGGAACCAGCCAGCCAGAGGAAGUUUUUUUUCUUUCCCCCCUUGUCAGUGUGAUGAGUUGCAACUGUGCAGACCUCAGCUGUGUCUGCUGGACCUUCUCUGACACAGUGGGUCAGGAGAAAAACACUGACUGAGCCUGAAUCCACCGCUGAGUGACACCCUGCAUGAGACCGUCACACAGAAUGACAGACUGCGGGAAACAGAGUUCGCCAAGAGCGUUCCAAGGUUAAUAGUCUUUAUAUUGCACUGAUACAUCUUCUACACAGGCUGUUAGCCAAACAGGUACUUAAGGCUAUGGAUCAUAGAGAUAAACACCCCUCAUUCUUUAUAUUUUGUUUCCAAGGAGCCAGAUUUUGUUGUAAUUGUUUAUAAGUGGUUUUUGAGGAAUAGUUCUGAAGGUCUUCAAAGAUUUUCUUUGGGCAUUGGCUGCUUUUUUUCACUCUUUUUCAGUCCAGUCUUUACACAUUUUCAAAGGAAUGCUUUUAUGUUUGGUUCGUCCCUUGAAUUUGGUGUCUCUUUAUCAUUUUUAGGUCACUGUUGUCUACACAUAACAGACAACUUAGUAAAAACACAUUUGUCUCCAUUUCUUUACUUGAAUCUAUGAAAAAUGCCAAAACACACAGCUGACAGGUGUAAAUAGUAGUUUUACACCAGCAAGGUAAUUCCGAAAGAGCUAUUAGCCAAAAGCCUGGUGUAUCUUUCCUUGGCGUGCAGUGUGUGCCAGGGAGGGGCACAGUGAGGCUGAGGUAUACCAAAUUACACAAGAUCUGGACUGGAAAUCAGUACCAACAGAUUUAAAAUCUUUGGUUCAGAUCAUUGUCAAUAUGUAUAGAGGAGGUCAGAACAGAGGCACAGUGAGUGUCUACAGCCAUCUGUAAAACACCGUGGAGUGGAGGCUAUGUCAUGGCUUGGGGUUGCAUUUCAACCCUGGUGUUGGCAAGUUCUGAAGGCAGAAAAGUGCCAUCAGAUUUUGAUCCAAAAUCCAACAAAAAGGUUUUGAAUUUUUUUUUUCAAAGACCUGGAAAACUAUUCUUGAAGACAACUUAAGAAAAUUACAGGAAAGUUUGGCUAAGGUAGUUCAGGCUUGUCUGAGAAUCAUGGUGGUAACACCAAAUAUUGACUUUCAAGCUCAUUAAUUGUGCAAACUCUGUUUUUGUCCUAUAUACUUCAUUUUCAUGGAUUCUUGCAUGUUUCAAUAAACCGCUGCACCCAUUUCCCUAGCAAAGUUUAAAGAAAUGAGGUUUGGCUCAGGACUUUUGCACAGUAGUGGACACACAGUUUCUACCCACCUGUAUGCUCUAACAGCAUAUCAAUUGGAUCAGCUUGGUUAUUAAUAAUUUGUGGAGGAAUGUAAGCUCACAGAUUUCCGAUUGAAAACAUAUGCUGUAAACUCAUUCACAGCUGCAUUGGCUUAUCUCGAACAAAUUACACUCUGACAGAAUAAUUCAUUUAUGGGAAUAAUCCAGCCAUGCAGGAAAUUAAAACAAAUUUCUCUUGCAUCAAUGAUUAAUGUUUAGACUGAUUUGGCCAUUAUGUUGCCCAGUCUCACUCUUAGUCCUUUUUAUUUUCCUAAUCCAUCUUCUCUUGCUGCAUCUUCAGCUCCCAUGCCUGAGCGCAGUAUUAAUUAAACAGUCUACUUAUGACGAGGAUGGAGAAACUGAGUGAGAAGUCUCCCCGGACAUUUACAUUAUGUAACGCUCGCAGGUUUCUAAUUAUUUUUCUCAUACCUCCGGGCAUGGGGUGUGGUUUUCCAUUUAAUUGCUGUACGUCAAGAGUGGAAAAGCAAAAAUAACUCGAGUGUAAACAACAUCAUGAUAAACAUGAGUGACGAGCAUGUAAAAUCGUACGUGAGAUUGAACCUAACACGGCUGUGAUGUCAGGACGCCAGCGUAGCUGUGGCUUGAGCUUGGCUUUCCAGUCAGCGUCAGUGAUCAAAGACAAAAGGAGAAGAAUGUAGCUUGAACACUUCACACAUUAAAAGCCUUCAUUAAAACCCUUUGACCUCGAUUCAAAGCACAACACAAGGUGAACACAACUACAGGGGUUUGAUGUGAUUUGCAGUUUUAUUCGCUGCAGUGGAAACGCUGAAUAUUUUUUGCCUUCUUUCUCGUUUGUAGGUGUGAUGAGCGCAGGUCAGUUUGAAGCCCACUUAAUUUCAUUCCUGAGGAUACCAUCUUUCAACCAGUGUCAGAUGGCAAAACUGGCUGCAAAGAUAUUCUUUAAUGAGCACUGAAAUCAAAUUUUCUGUCGUUAGUGGACAGUGGAGCCUGAAGCGAGGCUGGAUAAGGGCUACAGCAUAAGAGUCUGUGCCCCAGCAGCAACAACUGGAAAGGAAAUUGUUGGCUCCCGUGUCUUACUGAGCAGCAUUUCUUCUUCAGAAAGCAGCUGCGUGUGUGUGUUUAUGUGUGCCCUUCCCUCUGUUUCAUGUAAUAACCUUUUUUUCCCCUCACUUGCUGCAUAAAUUGUUUCAACACUGUUUCUCUUUAAGUAAAGGACAAAGAAAACUCAUUUUACUAUUAAUCGAAAGUGCCAAGUUUGUUGUUUUGUGCGCCUAUUUUAUCCCUCAAAGAAGCUGCAUAUUUAUUUUGUAAUUUUGUACAUUGUAAGUUUUGGAAUUUACUGUCGAUGUUUUGUGUCAAAGUGCCACUUGUUAAACAAAUGCCUAACAAAAAGGAGGAUCACACUUUGCCUGUGUUGCACAAAAUGUAAUAAAUAGAAGCACGGUAGACAAACAAAAAGCAUGCAGAAGCUGUACCAGCACCACAGAAGUGAGUAUUUAUAACCUACUAAGGGAAAUGAAAAUGCACCAAUUUAUAUAUAAACCUCACAAUAUUCCUAAUGUCUUAAUUAGGGAUUGUUAAGCUUUUUUUGUCACUGUAAUUGUUUUGUUCUCUCUUUGCAUGCUUGUGCACACAGCAAAUCCAAUUCUUUUAUUAAGCUAACACAAAGAAUUAAAAGGGAAGUGGGUUCCUUCACA